CAUGUCUAGUGCCAUCUACAGCGAGAACAAAUCCGACGAUAACUGCACCAACGUGGUCAUCCUGAUGAAACUCUACUACCUGCCCGUCAUGUACAGCGUCAUUUUCGUUGUGGGGCUGCUGGGUAACAUCACCUCCAUCGCCAUCUACCUGAUCAAGCUACGACCCUGGAAGUCCAGCAUUAUCAUCAUGUUCAACCUGGCGUUGACAGAUGUUCUGUAUGUUCUGAGUCUGCCUUUCAUGGUCUACUACUACACCAACGGUGAAUCCUGGACCCUGGGCGACUUCAUGUGUCGCUUUCUGCGUUUCGGGUUCCACUUUAACCUAUAUGGUAGUAUACUGUUUCUCACCUGUUUGGCUGUGUUUCGAUAUGUUGUGGCGGCGCAUCCUCUGAGGGCGGCGCAGGUGCAGCAGAAGAGGUGGGGUAUCUUGGCGUGCGCUGUGGUCUGGGCCAUAGCCGUGGCAGAGAUCGUUCCCAUGCUCACCAUGAUCACCAUGGAGACUAAAAACAACAAGACCCAGUGUUUGGACUUUGCUAGCGGCGACCCGGCUGUCCUGUGGUGGUACGGCUGGCUGCUGACCGUGCUGGGCUACCUGCUGCCCCUGGUGGUGGUGGUGGUGUGUUACGCCGGUGUGGUCCGUGAACUUGCCAAAGGGCCCCACACCCACAACCCUUGCCGGGUACGGGCACGCCGCCUCACAGUACUGAUCCUGGUGGUGUUCGUGGUGUGCUUCCUGCCAUACCACAUCCUGAGGAUCCUUAGAGUAGACACCAGGAUGAAGCCUGAGUCGUCAUGUAUGCUGGUGCACUGGGUCCACACCGCUUAUAUCGUGUCCAGGCCCGUAGCGGGGCUCAACACCUUCUUUAACCUGGCUCUGUACACCCUGGCCGGGGACAAGUUCCAGCAGGCCUUCCUCAGUGUGUUCCCCUGGGGCCCCUGGUGGACCAAGUUCAGGACUCACCUCAAACUCAGCCUGGCUGUCGUCAGUAAGCCCAGUAACACAGCUUCAGCCGAAAGGCCAGCAGCCAUGGAUAUGGCAUGAAAUAUAGUACAGUGUUCUGUUUAAUUCUGUGUGGACAUUACUAUCAUGGCAAUAU